AUGCCAGUCACUCAACUGUCCCAGCUCAAAGCGGGUCAAUUCGUCUCGAUCGUCCUCAAAGCAGACCAAAGGACCGGGCGUCAGGUUCAAGGCACCGUCUCUCAACUGCUCACCCGCCACAAUCACCCUCGAGGCAUCAAGGUCAAGCUGACCGACGGCCGGGUCGGACGAGUCCAGCAAAUUCUCACGCACGCACAACAACAACCACAAGCUCCAUCACACGGCAGGAUGUCGUCGAACAAUCCCUGGGCAAGUGCCGAAAGCCAAGGGAAUCCGUAUACCGCCCCCACCGAGGAAGAGCAACAACAGCAACGCCAACAACAGAACCAAGGCGCCGCACAAUCCUAUUACCAGUCCCGUCCUCAGCAGGGCCAGACACAGCAGUUUCAGCAGCAAUCGCACCAGCAGUCAUUCACGCCCGCGCAAGGCAUCAACCGUAGCGACACCGAACAGCUGUUGGCGCAGCAGAGCGAUCGGGCCGAACAGGUCGAACACAUGCAGCAGUAUGAAGCGAAUGCUCGGCAAACAGAGGACGACAGAAUUCAAGCGCAAUUGCAGCGAGAGUUCCCCAACAUCGACAGCAGUCUGAUAGCUGCCAUCUACAACGAGAGGAAGGGACAGGGCGAUCUGGGUGAGGUCAGGGAGUUGUUACAAGAAUUGAAUACCUCUUGA